AUGGCCACUGCCCUGGCCGCUCUCAUCGCCGGCGCCGCCACCGUGCACCACAUACGGCAGCUCCACGCCCACCUCCUCACUUCCGGCCGCCUCCCUACUCUCGCUCCCAUCCUCCUCCGCCGCAUCAUUUCCCUGCCCUCCCCCAACCUCCACCUUGCGCUUGCGCAGCGCCUCCUCCUGUCCCUCCCGUCUCCGCCCCUGGAGCACUUCAACCUCCUGCUCCCCCCGCUCGCCUCCUCGCCUGAACCCUCCGCCGCAGCCUCCCUCUUCCUCCGCCUCCGCCGCGACGGCCUUCGCCCCGACGCGCACACGCUCCCGCACCUCCUAAAGGCCCUCUCGCGCCUUGCCCCUUGCUCCCUCCCCCUCGUCGCCUCCACGCACGCUGAGGCCAUCAAAGACGGCCUAGAAUACUCCGUUGUCUACGUACGGAACGCCCUCAUGGCCGCGUACUCAUCCUGCGGCCAACCGGCGCGCGCCAUGCAGGUGUUCGACGAAAUGCCGCGCCGGACCGUGGUGUCCUGGAACACGGCGCUCACCGCGUGCGUCGACAACGACUGCCACGACCGGUGCGCCGGCCUCUUCGCAGCGAUGGUAGAAGCUGGGUUCGAGCCUGACCAGACAACGUUCGUGUGCAUGCUGUCCGCCGCCGCGGAGCUGGGCAACUUGCCGCUCGGCAAGUGGGCGCACGGGCAGGUCGUCGCCCGGCGGCUCGACAUGACGCUUCAGCUCGGCACGGCGGCGGUCAACAUGUACGCGAAGUGCGGCUUGGUACGCUACGCGUGGCGCCUGUUCGAGAGGAUGCCCGCACGGAAUGUCCGGACCUGGAGCGCGAUGAUCCUGGGGUUUGCGCAGAACGGGUUAGCCUGGGAAGCGCUGAAGCUGUUCGAGAGGAUGAAGGGUGCAUCAGUCGCGCCCAAUUACGUCACAUUUCUCGGCCUGCUCUGCGCAUGUAGCCAUGCUGGGCUGGUCGACGAGGGGCGUCGGUUCUUCCGCGAGAUGCGGCAUGUGUACGGGAUUGAGCCGAUGAUGAGACACUACAGCGCCAUGGUUGAUGUCCUAGGGCGCAACGGUCGCCUCCAGGAAGCUUAUGACUUUGUUAUGGACAUGCCUGUCGAGGCUGACCCGGUUGUCUGGAGGACAUUGUUGGGCGCCUGCCAGCUGCACAGCUCCAAGGACUGCAUUGGCAUCGUCAGCAAGGUGCAGGAGAGGUUGCUUGAGCUGGAGCCCAGGAGAAGCGGGAACUAUGUGAUGGUCGCCAACAUCUACUCCGACAUUGGGUCGUGGGACGAGGCGGCCAAGGCGAGGAGGGUGAUGAGGGAAGGAGGGAUGAAGAAGAUGGCAGGGGAGAGCUGCGUCGAGGUCGGGGGACUGCUGCAUCGUUUCAUCUCCGGGGACGAUUCUUGCCCGGACUAUCAUGGGGCCUGUAGCACUGUCCAGGAACUCAAUCUCAACAUGAGAAAGUGUGAACCCAUUGACGGGAUUUUGCUUAUUGAUUCUGAAUGA